CACACGGUCCGUGCAUCUGGUGGGUGGACGUAUGUCCCCGUGGGAAGAAAAAGUCAGCUGAAAAAAAGUCGUCAGUUUGUCACAGGAGUUAUUUAAUCCCCAUAGUUUUAUUACUUAAUGAGGACAUGGCGAAAGGCAAAACGAAGAUCAACAGCAGUGAAGACUUAGCUCCACCCCAGGCUCGGUCACUCAGGUCUAGAAAGAGGGAAUGUCCAAGUGAUGACAUUUCUCUAACCGAUGAUGUUCAGGCUCCACAUCAACAGGAUGCUGAAGAGUAUGACACAGCAGUAGUUUCCACACCACCACAGUGUCCUCAGUCUCUUGCUCAGGAAUGUGCUAAGACUACAAAUCAGCAGGAAGCAGAUCAAGCCUGUGCCACAAAACAGGAAGAAGAUGCAGGCUGCUUUACAAAUGUGGAACUUGAAGAGCAAGAUGCUAACAAUCCCAAAAGUGAUUCUCAGCUGGAGGACCUUCAAGUACUUUCUGAAAAUUUCACCAACAAGAGUGGAACAAAUGAGGAGGAAAUGGAUUUAGAUGAAUGUAACAGAUCAUUGUAUGACACACGCACAGAUCAGCUCAAGGUCUUCUCGCCUAUCACCAAAGAAGAUGUCCAGUCCUGCCCGGUUGCUUUGAAUGGAAAGGAGAACUCUGAUGUGGAGAGCAAUCAACACACUGGUCCAGAAGAACCUACCAACUUGUGGUUGGGUGAUGUCACAAAGGGGUCGGUAGCAGGAUUGCCAGCCAAGAAAAAGCGAAGGAUGGGCAUGUGUGGCCUGACAGAGAAGGAGCGGAGUCAUUUUUUAAUGACACAAAAGCGUGAAAACGAGCAAAACAGAGAGGAUAAAGUGGAGAAACCUAUUUGCGAGAACACAGCUGAGCCUGUGACUGUGGAAGAAAACACAUCUUCACUCCCGUUACCAUCCUCACCUCCAUCCAUCCCAGCAGACGGGCAGAACGGGGAGCCGAGAGAGGAAGAGAUAAAGCUUCAGCCUAGUCACUGUAAAGGAGAUGAAAGAACACACAGAGCAGAAAGUGAAGCCUGUGCUGCUGUCAGUCCUUCAGAUGGCUCCACCGCUGGUUUCGACUCCGGCUGCUCAGAGGGAAAAGGUUGUGAGCGUGAAGAUGGCAUAGUUACUGAUUCAGAGCAAGUCGGUGACUUAGAUCACCUCGCAGAAAAAGAAGCAGGGGAGGAUUUGGGCAGCCAAAAACUCCAAGAACUCAAAGUUUGUACCAAUGAAAUUGUGGACAGUGUUACUGGAACAAGAGAUGAGAAGGAGGAAGAGAUCAGCGGGAAUGUGUUCAGUGGUGAUGGAGCUGAUAAAAAUGCCUCCUGUUCACACACCCGUAUGGGAGGAUUAAACUGUGGCUCUGUGGAAAUCUGUGAGACUGCAGCAACACCCAAUGUCUCAGAGAGGAAAGACAGUCGUGAUCCUGAUGAACCUGCUGCUGGUCCUUCAGCUGUUCACGCUGAUCGCUCGCAGACACUCUCACUCACUGCUGACUCGUUUGGAUCUGGGUGCUUAGAUUAUGUGUCGGACUCCCAGCUGAACACCAUCGUUCUAAUGUAA